GCAGCGGAGCAGCCACUCGAAAAAGCAGUCGGUGUUGUAUUCCAGUUUUACCCGUUUGAAUGGUGCACAUAAGUGAGACGGACCUUUCCACCGGGAUAUUCUGCAACACGCACAGGAUGGAGUGAUGAUGGGAUGGAAGUGAAUAUGGGCCAGUGGGCAGGCAUGCGUGCCCCUCUGCUUGGCCUCAUCUUGCUGCUGCUGUUGUUUCUCUUCAAACCACCACCCUGCUGCGGCCAGAACACCCAAGGGGCCCCUCAGAAUGCACCUCAUUUUGGUUUCACUCAGCCUGUGUAUCAUGCCACAGUCCAUGAAAAUUCAGCUGCUCGCACCUAUGCCAACAGUAAAAUUAAAAUGGGAAUCCACCUGGUACAGCGCUCCUGGGAUAUUCGCUACAGAAUCACAUCAGGAGAUGAUGAGGGGUUUUUCAAGGCUGAGGAGUAUGUUCUGGGUGACUUCUGCUUCUUGCGCAUUAGAACUAAAGGUGGAAAUGCUGCCAUCUUAAACAGAGAAAUUCAGGACAACUAUGUUUUAACAGUCAAAGGCUCGAUUAAGGGAGAGACACAACUGGAGACGUGGGCUAAAGUCAGCAUCCAAGUCUUAGAUAUGAAUGACCUUCGACCACUGUUUUCCCCCACCACUUAUUUUGUGACCAUAGCAGAAAGCACCCCUCUCAGGACUAGCAUAGCACAAGUUACAGCUACCGAUGCAGACAUUGGCUCCAAUGGGGAGUUUUACUAUUUUUUCAAAGAAAAAAGGGAGCUAUUUGCAGUGCAUCCAACUAGUGGUGUAGUUUCCCUUAGUGGAAACCUCAAUGUUGAGGAACAAAACCGGUAUGACUUAGAAAUACUGGCGGUGGACCGAGGCAUGAAACUCUAUGGAAAUAAUGGCGUCAGUAGCACGGCCAAACUCUUUGUUCAUGUUGAGCGUGUAAAUGAGCAUGCGCCACUCAUAAACGUGGUCACCCAGAACCCUUCUUGGCUUGAUAAAAAUUCAGUAUAUGCCAUAGUAACUGUUGAAGACCCAGAUGAAGGUUUAAAUGGUGACGUAGACUCUGUGAUCAUUGUUGGUGGAGACCUGUCUGACCAUUUUUUCAUAGAAAGAUUUAAUGAAGUUGAAUUUGCCAUUAAGGCUUCUGAGACAGUUUACUGGGAGACUUACCCACAUGGCUGUAACCUAACAUUGCAAGCUAAAGACAAAGGCAAUCCACCCAAAUUCUCUGCAGUCAAAGUUGUUCAUAUUGCAGUUAACAAAAAGCAAAAAGUGGAUGUCAAGUUUGAGCAAGAGUUUUAUGAUGUUAAUUUGAGUGAAAUAGCACCACCAGGUACAAUUGUACUGGCUGUGAAAAUUAAACCAGAGCCAGAUGAUGCAGAAUAUGUCAUGACACCCUCUGCAGAUUAUGUGUUUUUUCAAAUAAAUACCUUAACCGGUGUCAUAUCCACCACUCGUUGGUUUAGCCAGGCGACUCAGAAUGUCUUUAACCUGGAGGUUCUGGAAAUAGAUAGUGAUCUAAAAGUUAAAGUGCAGAUUUCUAUUGAGGAUGCCAAUGACAAUACGCCAACAUUUACUCAGUCCUCUUACAAGGUUUUUGUCAACGAAAGUGUACCAGUUGGGACCGCUGUAUUAACUGUUUCUGCAGUCGAUGUGGAUAAAGGAGAAAAUGGAUACAUAACUUAUAGUAUCUCCAGUCUUGUGAACUUGCCAUUCCAAAUUAAUCAAUUUUCUGGUGUUAUCAGCACCACAAAAGAGUUGGACUUUGAAUCUUCUUCAGAGAGCUUUGUGUUUGUUGUCAGAGCAUCUGACUGGGGCUCACCUUAUAGGCGAGAGAGUGAAGUAAAUGUUACUAUUCACCUGGAGAAUAUAAAUGACAACCAGCCAUUGUUUGAGAAAGUAGCAUGUCAGGGUGUGAUGUCCAGAGACUUCCCAAUUGAUGACGUGAUUACCACAAUGUCUGCAAUCGAUAUAGAUGAGUUAGAUAUAGUAAAAUACAAAAUAAUUUCAGGAAAUGAGUGGGGGUACUUUGACCUGAACCCUGAUUCAGGGGUCCUCGCACUGAGAAGGCCCUUGGCUACAGCCAAUCCAAAGAAUGGUGUCUUCAGUCUCAAAAUAACUGCCACAGAUGGUGAGAAUUUUUCUGAUCCUAUGUUUGUUAACAUUUCGCUUGUUAAUGGGAAAUCUCCCCCCAAAGGUUUUAACUGCAAAGAAACAAGGGUAGCUCAAAAAUUAGCAGAAAAAUUACUCAAAAAGUCAAAGGCAAGCAACAAGUCAAAAAUAGAAGAUUUUAUUGACCUGUUUUCUGUCAAUCGGCAAAUGCCACAGUUUGAGAGCUCUUUCCCUGCUGAUAUCUCUGUGGUAGAAGAUCUAAAGGUGGGCUCAAGUGUUUUCCAGAUUAAUGCGUAUGAUACGGACACUGGUUUCAACGGCCAGCUUCUUUACUCUAUUUCAGAUGGAAAUACUGAUAGCUGUUUUACGAUUGACAUGGAGACAGGUCUUGUUCGUGUUUUUCUUCCCAUGGAUAGAGAAAAAAGAGAUUGUUAUAUCCUCAACAUAACUAUCUAUGACCUUGGCCUGCCACAGAAAGCUGCUUGGCAUUUGCUUACUGUCUACAUCAUAGAUGCUAAUGAUAAUGCACCUCAGUUUUUGCAAGAAGGUGGUUAUAGAAUUGUCAUACCUGAAAACACAGUCAUAGGGACAGAUUUCAUUCAAGUGGAGGCCACUGACAAAGAUCACGGACUAAAUGGAGAACUCUUAUACUCUUUUUUGACCAGCACCACCCAAUUUGGUAUCAACUCAACAAAUGGCAUAGUAUAUGUUGCUGGGCAACUUGACAGGGAGUUUGGCUCUUUUUUUUAUUUGAAGAUAGAGGCUCGAGAUAAGGCAGAGAAAGGGAGACAGAGGUUUUCUGUAACCUCAUUAGAAGUCAUAUUGGAAGAUGUAAAUGACUGUCCCCCACUCUUUAUCCCAAGCGUGUACAAAGCCAGGGCUCUAGAGGAUCUCCCGGUUGGAACAGUUGUGGCCUGGUUAGAAACCCAAGACUUAGAUCUGGGUUUGGGUGGCCAGGUCCGCUACUCUUUAGCCAAUGAUUACAAUGGAUGGUUUGAGAUAGACAAAACAAGUGGAGCCAUUCGUCUGACCAAAGAGCUGGACUAUGAGACACAGCAGUUCUACAACCUCACUGUUCGGGCCAAAGACAAAGGAAAACCAGUAUCUCUUCUCUCUGUCACCUUUGUGGAGGUAGAGGUCUUGGAUGUAAAUGAGAACCUAUAUGCACCAUACUUUGCCCAGUUUGCCCUGUCAGGAUUAAUUAAAGAAAAUGCGCGUAUUGGAACUACCCUUCUACAAGUCAGUGCUAAUGAUGAAGAUGAUGGCAGGGAUGGAGAAAUCCAGUACUCCAUUCGUGAUGGGAGUGGACUUGGACGGUUUGCCAUCGAUGAAGAAACAGGGGUGAUCUAUACCACAGACAUGCUAGAUCGCGAGACCAAGGAUUCAUAUUGGCUAACAGUGUAUGCCAGUGACCAUGGUGUGGUCCCCCAGUUUGCCACAAUUGAAGUAUUUAUCCAAGUGGAGGAUGUAAACGACAAUGCCCCGCUGACGUCUGAGCCGCUGUACCGACCGUCAAUACCAGAGAAUUCUCCUCGGGACGUUUCUGUGGUCCAGAUCCAAGCCCAAGAUCCUGAUGCUACACCACACUCAACAACUGACAGGCUCAACUACCGCAUCAUCAGCGGGAACCCUCAAAAUUUCUUCACCAUCAACCCUCGAACUGGUCUGAUCACUACAACCUCAAGAAAACUGGACCGGGAACAACAAACAGAACACGUUUUAGAGGUAUUGGUAUCAGAUGGUGGACCCAGUCCGAGGCAGAGUACCGUGUGGGUGAUGGUCCAGGUCCUAGAUGAAAAUGACAACAAACCGACAUUUCCAGAGAAAGUCUACCAAGUCAAACUACCAGAGAGGGAGCGUAGAAAGAAGGGGGAGCCUAUCUAUCGGGUCUUUGCCUAUGACCGCGAUGAUGGACCCAACAGUGACCUUUCUUAUAGCAUUGUGGAUGGCAACGAGGAUGGGAAGUUCUUCAUUGAUCCCAAGACGGCAGUGGUGUCAUCUCGCAAGGCCUUCACUGCUGGGAGCUAUGAUAUCCUGACAAUCAAGGCAACAGACAAUGGUCGUCCUCAGAAGUCUUCUACGGCUCGCCUCCACAUUGAGUGGAUUCGUCGUCCUCCUCACACAGCUCUGCCACCUCUGUUUGAUGAGCCUUUCUACAAUUUUACUGUUAUGGAGAAUGACAAAGUCACAGAGAUUGUUGGCGUGGUCGCCAUGGAGCGGAGUUCGGCCCCCUUAUGGUUUGACAUCACAGGUCCCAGGUCUUUCCUUGAGAUGUUUAUUAUUCUACAGAGCACUUGCAUCCGGAACUGUUCCUCUGAAGGUGGGAACACAGACAGUGUAUUUGAUGUUGAGAAGGCCAUGGGCACCAUCAUCAUUGCCAGGCCUUUGGAUGCUGAGCAACGCUCCUUCUACAACCUAACAGUGCAGGCUACAGAUGGCAUAAACAUUGCAUACACACAGGUUCACAUCACUGUCAUUGACAACAAUGACAACGCUCCCAUCUUCUCCCAGCCAUUCUAUGAUGUCACAAUUUCCGAGGACACACCUCCUGACACUGAAAUUGUUCAGGUCCUAGCAUUGGACAGAGAUGAGUAUCACCGGCUGAGUUACUCCUUGCAGAGCGCAAUAGACCCAAACAGCAUGCGUCUGUUCCGCAUCCACCCCGCCAUGGGCACUGUCUACACAACACAGAGUUUGGACCAUGAGGCUUGUGCACAGCACAUCCUUACUGUUAUGGUAAAAGACCAAGAAUUCCCAUACCGGAAGAACCUGGCUCGUGUGCUGGUGGAAGUGGAAGAUGUAAAUGACCAUGUACCGAUAUUUACUAGUGCAUUGUAUGAGGGUUCAGUCUAUGAAUCAGCAGCAGUGGGAUCAGCCGUUGUACAGGUGACUGCCUUGGACAAAGACAAAGGGAAGAAUGGAGAGCUUCACUACUCCAUUGAAUCAGGGAACAUUGGAAAUUCAUUUCAUAUUGAGCCAGCUUUGGGAAUCAUCACUGUUGCACAUGACCUUGACUUGUCAAGUAUAGGUCACUACGUACUCACUAUCAGAGUCACAGACAAUGGGUCCCCGUCUUUGUCCACCACCACGAUAGUUCGUAUUGCCGUCACCCUCUCGAACAAUGUGGGCCCAAAGUUCCCUCAACCUGAGUACCAAGCCGACAUCACAGAAAAUGCAGUGGUUGGGACCUCUGUCACCACAGUCAGUGCAGUCAGUCAGUCCACCCUCACAUAUGAUAUCAAACAAGGCAACGCCGAUCGAAUCUUUCAGAUAAACCAGUAUAGUGGAGUAAUUACAACUCAAAAGUCUCUAGACUAUGAGACUCGAGCAUCUUUUACUCUCACAGUACAGGCUACGAACAUGGCUGGAUUGGCCUCCAAUGCAACUCUUUUAAUACAAGUUUUGGAUGAAAAUGAUAACCCACCAGUGUUCAAGCAACUUCACUAUUAUGGCAGCAUUAGCGAAGCUGCACCAGUCAACAGUCUAGUUUUAAACACAGAAGAUUCCCCACUAGUAAUCAGGGCCACUGAUGCGGAUCACAACCAGAAUGCUCUGCUCAUAUAUCAGAUUGUCGAGGACACAGCAAAAAUGAUUUUCACAGUGGACUCAGGUACUGGUUCUAUCAGGACCAUUGCAAAUCUAGACCAUGAGACAUCUUCGAUCUUCCACUUCCAUGUUCAAGUCAGGGAUAAUGGCAGACCACAGUUGACAGCAGACAGCCCAAGUGAGGUCACAGUAGAAGUCAUAGACACAAAUGAUUCACCACCUCGUUUCACCCAGAAUGCCUAUGAAACAGUCGUUCUUCUCCCCACCUAUGUGGGAGUGGAAGCACUGCAGGUGUCAGCCAUAGACCCAGACAAACAGACGACAGGACUCACAUACUCUUUCACAGAAGGAGCACUGGAACAUUUUUCCAUCAAACCUUCCAAUGGUAUUAUAAUUGUUAAAAACAACAACUUUUCCAAAGAACGUUUCCGCUUUAGUGUCAAAGUCUCUGAUGGGAAAUUUUCCACCACAGCUAUGGUAACCAUUAUCGUACGAGAAGCUCUGGAUUCUGGUCUAAGCUUCACCAAUAAUCUUUACACUUCCUCGAUUCAAGAGAAUGUACCGAAUAUCACCAAGGUGGCUGUUGUCAAUGCUGUGGGAAACCGUCUUAAUGAACCACUGAAGUACACAUUGCUGAACCCUGGUAAAUGCUUUAAAAUCCGUCCAACUUCAGGGGUGAUCCAAACCACAGGUUUGCCCUUUGACCGUGAAGAGCAAGAAUUCUAUGAACUGGUUGUUGAGGCAAAAAGGGAGCAUGACCGUUUGCAUGUAGCCAGAGUUAUGGUGAAAGUCCAGGUAGAAGAUAUCAACGACAAUGCCCCCAUAUUUGUUGGACUUCCUUAUUAUGCAGCUGUUCAAGUAGAAGCUCAGCCAGGAUCACACAUUUUCAAAGUCAUGGCAGUCGAUGGGGAUAAAGGAAUUAAUGGAGAGGUGUCUUACUUUCUCAAGGAUGAUUAUGGUCAUUUUGAAAUCAAUCGACAAACAGGAAGCCUUAAGCUCAAGAGGGCCUUUGAGUCUGACUUGUCUAAUAUGGAAUACCUGAUGGUGAUAUACGCCAGAGAUGGUGGUUAUCCACCACUCUCCUCGACAAUUGAAUUUCCUAUUACAGUUGUCAACAAAGCCAUGCCUGUCUUUGACAAAUCUUUUUAUUUGGUUUCUGUUAAUGAGGAUGUGCCAGUGCACACACCUAUCCUUGGUAUAAAUGCAACGAGCCCUGAAGGUCAAAGUAUCUUUUACACAAUUGUUGAUGGAGAUCCAGCUCUUCAGUUUGACAUUGGUUUUGACACUGGCGUGAUAAGUAUCAUCCAUUUGUUGGACUAUGAAAUAGCAUCAUAUUACCAUCUGACCAUUAGAGCAACUGACUAUUUAACUGGUGCCCGUGCUGAGGUUGACGUGAAUGUGGCAAUUCAGGAUGUUAAUGACAAUGUCCCCAUCUUCCAGAAAAUGUCCUACUCUGUAGUUUUAUCGGAAACAGUCGUGAUUGGGACUCCAGCUCUUCAGGUAAUCGCCACUGACAAAGACUCUGAGAAGAAUAGUAUUGUUCUUUACCAGAUCUUAUCUGAUUCACACAACAACACAGACUAUUUUCACAUCGACAGUAGCAGUGGACUAAUUCUGACUGCCCGUAUUCUGGACUAUGAACAAGUCCAGAAGUAUGACUUCAUCGUUAGAGCUACUGAUAAUGGCUUUCCACCUUUAAGUAGUAACGUGUCUGUCACACUUGUGGUAAAUGACACAAAUGACAAUCCCCCAGUUUUCAACCAGCUUCUUUAUGAAUCACAUGUGAAUGAACUGGCACCAAAGGGGCAAUUUGUAACCUGCGUCCAAGCCUCAGAUGAAGACAGUUCUGAUUUUGACAAGCUGGAAUACAGUAUUUUGUCUGGAAAUGAACGGAUGAACUUUAUGAUGGGAAAAAAGACUGGAAUUAUCACUUUGUCUAGCCACAAUAAAGACAGGAUGGAACCUGUUUACAGCCUUAAUGUUUCAGUGUCGGAUGGUGUCUUCACCAACACUGCACAAGUUCAUGUUAAAGUGUUGGGAGCCAACUUGUAUAGUCCAAUCUUUGGACAGAAUGUAUAUGAAGCAGAGCUGAAAGAAAAUGCUGCUGCCGGAACCAAAGUUAUACAGGUAAAGGCAGCAGAUGCAGACCCAGGUGUAUUUGGUCAUAUUGCUUAUUCCUUUGUCAAUGAUGUUGGCAAGAACCAAUUCAGCAUUGAUGCAAGUGGCCAAAUCACCACACUGGAAAAGCUUGAUCGUGAGGACUCUGCGAAUAAAGACAUAGUAUUGACUGUGCUUGCCCAAGACUCAGGUGGACGUGCUUCUUACUGUACAGUGCAAGUUACACUUUUGGAUGACAACGAUAAUGCACCUCAUUUCAGUGCCACUGAAUACAGAGCUUCUGUCAAAUCUGAUGUGGCUAAUGGUUUUUUAGUGACACAGAUUCACGCCAGUGAUCCUGAUGAUGGUGCCAAUGCCAGGGUUACAUAUUCGCUCUACAGUGAGGCACACACCCCUGUGGCAGACAUUUUGGAGAUUGAUCCUGAAAAUGGCUGGAUGGUGACAAAAGGAAGCUUCAGUCAUUUGAGGAACUCUGUGUUAUCUUUUUUUGUAAAAGCGGUGGAUUGUGGAAAUCCAUUUCGCCACUCUCUAGUGUCAGUCUACAUGCAUGUUCUUUCUCCAGAUUCCAUCAUUCCCUCAUUUAGUCAACAUCCAUACUUAUUUAGCAUACCAGAGGACACACUAAUAGGCCAUGCUAUAGGUAUGGUCCACCUUAACAAUCCUCCUGGAUAUGACACCCUUACAGCUACAUUUUCCCUGGUGAAUGGAGAGAAUGGAGAAAACAACAAAGAUGAGGUGUUUGUGGUCGAAAAAGAUACAGGUGUUAUCAAGAUUGAUAAGCUUUUGGAUCAUGAGAUUAUCAAAGAAUACCACUUCAAGGUUAUUGCCACUGUGCAACAGGCCAAGCUGGAUUCUGUAACUUCUGUCGAUGUUGACGUUAAAGUACUAGACCAAAAUGACAAUAAACCAUCCUUUGAUUCGAUCUCCUAUGAAGCCACUGUUUUGGAAGGAAUGCCAAUUGGUACCAGAGUUAUUCAAGUCCAAGCACACGACCGAGACUCAGCUGCUAAUGGACAAGUAAUAUACAGUCUUGGGGGCUUCAUCCAUUCAGAGCGUGAUUCCAAUGCAUUGACUGGAAUGUUCAGUAUUGACUCCAACGCAGGCUGGAUUUCCACCCGCAAGAACCUGAACCAUGAGACCAAUCCAUCAUACACAUUCACAGUGAUUGCAUCAGAUCUAGGGGAGGCAUUAUCUCUUUCCAGCACCACCACUGUUACAGUGGCAGUAUCAGACAUCAAUGACAACCCACCCAUUUUCCUGGAGCAACGGUAUAUUGGUACAGUUAACGAAAGUGUCUCACCAGGAGAAGUGGUUGCUGUGCUGAACACGAGAGAUGAUGACAGUUCUGCCAUUAACCGACAAGUCAGCUAUCACAUAACUGGUGGGAACAAUCGAGGUGUGUUUGCGCUGGGUCUAGUUCAGGGUGAAUGGAAAAUGUAUGUGAAAGGGCUGCUGGACAGGGAGCAACGCAACCUCUACAUUAUUAAUGUUACUGCAAGCGAUGGACUAUUUGUUUCCCAAGCAACCGUGGAGGUCACAGUGACGGAUGCCAAUGAUAACAAACCCAUUUGUGACCAGGCACUCUAUACAGCAUCUAUUCCGGAGAAUAUCCCAGUGAAUAGUGUGCUGCUAAAGGUCGGUGCUACUGAUAAAGAUGUGGGCAUCAGCGCGUGGAUCCAGUACUCCUUGCAUGGCCUAGGAUCCCAUGACUUCAGUAUUGACCCAGACACCGGUGAGAUCAAGUCGUCUGUAGCUCUGGACCGAGAGGUGACGCCCAACUACUGGCUGGUUGCCUUAGCAACUGAUGGUGGUGGGCGGUGGUGCCGUGCUGUGGUGUGGGUGGAAGUGACAGAUGUGAAUGACAACCCACCCAUCUUUACCCUGCCACACUAUACAGCUAGUGUAUAUGAAGACACUGCCACAAAAGCCCUUCUCACUCGUAUCCAAGCCAUAGAUCCUGAUGAAGCUGGUCCAGGACGUACGGUCGUCUACUCCUUGGAAGACUCUGCUGAUGGUUCAUUCUCUAUUGAUAAGUCAACAGGGAUCAUGGUGCUUGAACGAAUCCUCGACAGAGAGAUUCAGCCAUCUUAUCAGAUAAAAGUCCGCGCAUCAGAUCAGGGUUCACCUGGGCCCCUCUCUUCAUUUGCCAAUGUUACAAUCACUGUACUGGAUAUAAAUGACAACCCACCAGUGUUUGAGCGUCGUGAUCAGUUGGUGACCAUCCCAGAAGAUGUGGCAGUGGGCACCAAGAUUCUCACAGUGUACGCUGCUAGCAAGGACAUCGGGACCAAUGCUGAGAUUACCUACAGUAUACGAUCAGGAAAUGAGCAUGGAAAGUUCAGUAUCCAUUCUCUUUCUGGUGCCAUUAUAGUUGCCCAGUCACUGGACUAUGAAACCUGCAGGGACUACUUCUUAACAGUGGAGGCUCAAGAUGGGGGCACGCCUCCACUGAGUGCCAUUACUACAGUGAAGAUAAAUGUGACAGAUGUCAAUGACAACGCCCCCAUGUUCAGCCGUGACCUCUAUACCACUGUUGUGUCAGAGGAUGCCACCAUCGGAGAGUCAGUUGUACAGCUGGUGGCGGAGGAUAUGGACAGUCAGCUGAAUGGGGCCAUCCUGUACUCCAUUGUGAGUGGGGACCGAGACAACCAGUUCUUCAUUGACCCACUCAGCGGGAUCGUCAAGGUCAACAAGCAUCUGGAUCGUGAGACAGUUCCUGGCUACUCACUGGCCGUCAGAGCUCUGGAUAGUGGAAUCCCACCUCUGUCCUCCACUGUUAUGGUCAAGAUUGACAUCUCUGACAUCAAUGACAACCCGCCUACCUUCUCACCCGCCAACCUCACCACUGUCAUCCAGGAAAACAAGCCAAUUGGCACCAGCAUCAUCCAGCUGUCCAUUAUCGACCUGGACUCAUCCCAUAACGGCCCGCCAUUUGACUUCCACAUCUUGUCUGGAAAUGAGGGUGGAGAAUUUGAGCUGGAACAAGACGGAACACUUGUGGCCAAUCAGGUGUUCAGGAGAGACCUCGCAACCAAAUAUGUUGUUCAUAUACAGGUGACCGACUCUGGGAGGCCUCGCUUGUCCUCUUCCUCCAUGCUGACAGUCAGGGUGAUCGAAGAGAGCCUGCACAGGCCUGUAGCCCUGCCACUCGAGGUUCAUAUUGUCACCAUGGAGGAUGAAUUUCCCGGCGGUGUCAUUGGAAAGUUGCACGCCACAGAUGCUGACCCCUAUGAUGCAUUGACCUUUGGCCACGCCCCGCCAGCCCAUCGCAGUCUCUUCAAGAUUAGCCCUCGUGACGGAAAGAUCAUUGCUCUGGGAGGUUUGGAUGCUGGCAGAUACUCCCUUAACGCCAGUGUUAGCGAUGGCCGCUUUGCCGUCCCUGUGCCUGUCAGUGUGCAUGUUGAGCAGGCCACCCCUGAGAUGCUGCGUGAGGCUGUCACCGUUCGCUUUGAGAGCGUAGCGCCGCAAGACUUUGUCGCCUCGCACCUGAAGAGCGUGCUGAAGGUGUUGCAGCAAGCGGCCACCUCUCAGAAACGGGACGCUCUGCACCUGCUCAGUCUGCAGCCAGUUGGUGGGACUAAACAGCUGGACAUGCUUGUUGCUGUGGAAACAGCUGAGGGCGGGUACUACAAGGCAGCUUACCUCACUCAGAAACUUAGCGCUUCCAGGCGGCGGCUCGAGGAGGUCCUUAAAGUGUCGGCCAUCUUGGAUAAGAACUGCUCAGGGCUGGAUUGUCGUGGGGCGCAGUGUGAACAAAACAUCAUCUUGGAUUCACACAACCUGGCAACGUACAGCACACCGCGAGUCAGUUUUGUCUCACCGCGCUUCCAUCGGACAUCACGCUGCACAUGCACUGAUAUCAACUGUGCUGUAUUGUCAGAGCAAUGUGAAGACCAGCCGUGUCCAGCGGACAUGCAAUGUGUUUCAGUGGAUGUCAACAGAGGGCGCUAUGCAUGUCAAUGUCCACCGGGCAAACUUGGAGAGUGUGCAGGCCAUUCAUCGUUGAGUUUCUCAGGUAACAGCUACAUAAAAUACCAUCUUUCUGAGCGACUCCAAACAGAGCUCAAGCUCAGUCUGAGGAUCAGAACAUUGCAGACUAGAGGAAUCAUCAUGUACACGCAUAGUGAGCCUUGCACAAUGCUUAAGCUGGACGAGGGAAAGCUGUGGUUCCAGCUCAGCUGUGCACCUGGCAUCGGAGGUGGUGACAGUCCCGACAUGUUAGGGAUCUCUGGCCGCCGGAUCAACGAUGGCAGCUGGCACACGGUGGCAAUGGAGAUCAACCGCAACUUCAGCAGUCUCUCUCUGGACGACAGCUAUAUUGAAAGGCGACAUGGACAAGCCUACAUGCAACCCCUUGCUUCAGACAGAACCAUCUACUUUGGAGCACUGGUGCAGCAUCCCACUUCACGCAGCCUCAUUGACACCCAAAAGGACCCGAAAUUGCUUGAGGGCUUCCAAGGUUGCCUGGACUCGGUCAUGUUGAACAACAAUGAGCUGCCUCUGCAGAACAAACGUUCACACUAUGCUGAGGUGGUGGGACUGACAGAGCUGAAGUUGGGUUGCAUCCUCUACCCUGACGCCUGUCUGCAGCAGCCAUGUCGCAAUGGAGGAAGCUGCAUGAGCCUGCCCUCUGGUGGAUUUUCAUGCAGCUGUAACCCGAUGUACACUGGAGGGCGCUGUGAGAUAGAGAUAACAGCGUGUGUACCAAAUCCAUGUAAGAACGGUGGCAUGUGUAAGGCUAUUGGUAACGCAUUCCUCUGUGGCUGUAGAAGAGGCUUCAUUGGUCUAACGUGUGAGAAGGAUGUAAACGAAUGUGACCGAAGCAAUCCCGAGGGCGAGUGUGAGAACGGCGGUAUCUGUGUCAACACUCAUGGUUCCUUCUACUGUAACUGCACUGCGGGCUUUGUGGGCCAGCGUUGCAGCCUGCGGCCUGUUGUCGUCCCUGACAUGCAAGCUGGGCAUGCGGUGGUCGGAAAGGAGGAGUUGAUUGGCAUCGCCGUUGUGCUCUUUGUCAUCACCACCCUCAUCAUCCUCUUCAUCGCUUUCCGCAAGAAGGUCUUCCAGAAGAGCUACUCGCGAAACAACCUGUCGCUGGUCCAGGACCCUGCUACAGCAGCCCUUCUCAACAAAGCCAAUGGUGUUCAGUUUAAGACCCUGCAUUGCACAGCAGGAGACCCUAUCAACCUUUACUCAGAGACCGGGCUGGGGCCCACUCUGGUGGGAGUGGGUGGGAUGAUGGGACCUCCACAGGUCCCUGUCAGGCCUAUGGCGUACACUCCUUGUUUCCAGGGUGAUCCACGGUCUACAUUGGAAAAGAUGGUGGACGGACGCGCUGUGGAGCAUACGGAGAUGAGCACCUUUCACCCAGAGUCCCCAAGGAUUCUGUCAGGGUCCACCAGGAGGGGGGUUGUGGUGUGCAGCGUGGCCCCAAACCUUCCCCCAGUUUCCCCUUGUCGAUCAGACUGUGACUCCAUACGAAAGAGCCCGUGGGACAUUGACGAGGGUAAGAUGGUUGAUACGGCGGAGGAAGUAACUUGUCUCUCAGGGAGCAACAAGGGCAGUAAUUCAGAGGUCCAGUCGCUGAACUCUUUUCAGUCCGACUCCUGUGAUGACAAUGCCUCCAUAGUGACCGUCAUUCGACUGGUCAAUGACGCUGUCGACACAAUCGAAAGUGAAGUGUCAGUCAUGGACCAAAGUCAAACCUACAACAGAGCAUAUCAUUGGGACACAUCAGACUGGAUGCCAAGCACCAAACUGUCUGACAUUGAAGAGGUGCCAGGGUACGAGGCGCCUCCUGGAGGCACUGCAGCGGCCACAGCAGCACGACUUGGAGGAAGCGCUCGUGAAUUAGAAUCGGACUACUAUCUGGGAGGUUACGACGUUGACAGCGACUACCCCCCUCCCCGUGAGGAAGAAUUCUUCAGCCAACACCAAUUGCCUCCUCCAUUGCCUGUUGGAGAGGACUAUGCUGAACCCCCUACUCUACUACCUGCCAACCUGCCAGUUUCCAAGGAGAGCACCUUGAGUUCUGGUGACACUGCUCAUCAGCAUGGGAGGCCUCAUUUCCACCCCAGUCAAUACCUGCCUCCCCAUCAGCUUCCAAUGGGGGAGGCAGUGCACGGGGACUUCAGUACUUCGGUGAGCGGGGUUACCUCAAAAACUGGGGACGCCGAUGACUCUUUGUCUCUAAAUGUGCGACUGUCAAUUGGAGCGUCAUCAGCAUCGGACGCGUCUGGCCCGUGUGGGCUGGAUGACUCUGAACAUGGCAGCAAUUUUGACAGUAUGGACGAGCUGCGUCGAGGAGUAACCAUCAUCACUGAUUCGCAGCAACAAACAGAGGUGUGAUGAUUGUACAGUGACGUCUCACUGGAAGGGGCACGGUGGGAGAGAGAAAAUGCUCUACAUACAUUAUAUUGAGGAACAAAACAUGCUUUGGAAGAUCCAUUGAAUGAUAAAACCAUCAAAACAAUGAUACAAUUGAGGGAAGCGUUAUCCAUUGUAUUUCUGCAUUGUAACACACCCAUUAGAAAAAGGCAGUCCUUUUCUUGACUUGCAGAAAAAUAAGAAGUGCCCUUUCUGUUUCAACGGGAAGUCAUAUGUAAUGUCAUAAGAAUUGGAUCGAGAAUGUGAAUGAGAGACUAACUCACAAGUGAUUAAUAUUUACACGUUAUGGAGAAACGGAGGUAAAACAGAAGGGACACUAAUGUAAGUGAAAAGAUUGUUUGAUUUCCUGCUGACUCACAGAUGCCAAAGGAGUACUUCCGUCGAGAAACACACAAAUCCUUCCCUCGUACUGCCUUCCAGUUUCUCCUUCUUGCACAAAUUAAAGUGCUUGUACAGACUUUGUAUCAUAGAUUAACCUGACUCGUAAUCAGGUGUGGGGAAAAAUGCUUUUUCAUUUUUUAUUUCACGUGAAAUGUGCCCCCUUAAACCCUGACUAGUAUUGUAAUGAAAGCUAAGGGCUGCUGUUGUUGCUAAUAUACUUUGAGUCAGGUCUUGUUAUUUGGGGAUCACACCUCGAGAUUCUCUUUUAAAACAUAGUGUCAUCUUUAAAAAUCACAUUUGAGUCAGUGUAGCUUCAUACCAAGAGCACAAACAGUACUUUUGACAUUGUACAGUUAUCUUCUCUUGGCUUUGUUGCAUAGUGUAAUAUGAACAUAACUGAUUCUUCUGUAGGGGAAAUGUCACAACAAUACACCCCAACACUAAAUUGUUGCAAAUAAAAUAGUCCGCGUAGUUUUCAUGUCAUACUGAUGAUGGACACAGAGGCGAAUAAACCAACCGAAAUGCUUGCAAUCAUUUUUGACGCAAUCAUCAGUAGAAAGAAUCCUGCAUUAAGUAUGGUGCGGUAGCGAUGACAACAAUUUUUGGCAACAACUAAUUAUAAUAGUACAUUUUAUUCUAUUCAAUUAAAGAAAGUCAGAUUGAUGUUACAUUUUUUAAUUAUGUGAUUACUCAUCCACCGCUAGAAAAGUACUGUAAAGUGUAUUGUGGGGGGAACAUUUGAGAUUGAUGAGAAGUUACUAAAAGUGGUUUAUUAUUGGGUAACGAGAGUGACAGCGUCAAAUUAAAUUUCAUGUAUGUUAGCAACCACGGGCACUCUCAGCUUCAGUAAUUCUGUUUCAUGAAAUGGUUUACUUUAUGGUACAUAAGUGAUGUGACGUUGAUUUGUCAAGAUGUUUAUGAGUUGUGCCACAUUCAUGAAUCCUACCCUGUGUUGAUAUCAUUCUUCAUAUUUUUCAUUGAACACACAAAAAAAAAAAAAAAAAAAAAGUUCAACUGGUAAACUGAAACCGUGAAUGAAAACUGUUGUCAAGCACCUAUUACGUGCUGCCUGGAACUGUUGCUGCCAUCGAAUUCUGUUCAGCGCAUCGCACAAAUUGGCUUCACUGCCUUUCAGCAUUUUACAGUUGCAUCGUCACACCGCCAUAAACACAAGUGUGUCCAGGUAUUGGCUGAUCAAAUCAAGCAUAAGACUCGUUUUUAUUUGCAAAAUAGAUGUAUGUUUGUGUUCAAAUCAUUGUACAGUGUACAUAGCUAUGUUGUUAUAGUACAGAUUUCAUAGUUAUGGAAUUGUAAUCCUUGUUUGUUUGUUUGUUUUAAAUGAGAAUGUGGGAAAUAGGGGAUUAAUAUCAGUUAUUUUCAUUUCUUCACUGCCAGACUGGUAUUGAAUGAAUUACACAUAAAUGCAAUAUUACAGAUGAAUAGUGUUCAAUUCACACAUUGUAUCAUAACAGAUGAAGAACCUUUGCAUUUCAGUCGAAAUAAUUUGACUGAAUUUCAUUUCUGAUUUGUUAGCUUUUAAGGCGGGAUCAAAAUAUGUCUGUUCUCUGCAGAAAGUGUACAAAGUGUCUUUUUUUAUUUCUUAUUUUUUAUUCAGUGCAAAAAAUAAAAAGGUUCUUGC